AUGGAGAAGCAUGUUGAUUUUGAGCUACGACAGGUACAAGAUCCAAGAGAACAAAAGGCACAGCCCUCCAGAAGACAGCCCUCUCGGUUCAUCACUGUGGAUAGUGUCCUCCAAUAUGCUUCCGAAAUUCCGUCCAUGCAGCAACGGCCGCCACCGAGACCUCGGGCUUUACGUACAGGCUCCGGCAGACCGGUCGACCCACGAUUGACAGGUCGUUCUGCUCCCCCUCAUAUGCCACCUCGCUCUACAAAACUUUCCGAGAAGCUUGUUCUCCUACCCGAGACCGUAGAGGAGGCCGACGAGAAGGGUGAUUUUGGCGAAGAUAAUGAAGCUGCACCACUCAAGGAUGGCGAGGAGGAGAGAAGACCCGGGCGGGAGAAGGCAAAGAGCUAUGCAGAACGCUUACCAAAAUCGAGACGAACCGAGAAAGAUCUUGCGCGAGUGACCGCCUACUGCACAGCGCAAGCCUAUAAGAUGAAAUCUACCGCAGCUUUCAUCAGAGAUAGGCAUGGUGCACGCACAAAGUUAUAUGAUGACUGCCUUUACACAGCGUAUCACCUUCCUUUACUACCAGGAACAGACGGCUACCGGGUACAGUGUAGUCCGCCUCUGAAGAGUGCAGGAGGUAUAGCAGUACUGGACGAAGCAAUAGAACGAAGUGAACAGGGGGGCUAUCACGGUGCUUACUUCGCAGAGGACGAGGAGCAGCACUCCGUUCGCAAUGCCGAGAGCCCCCAUGAUUCAGCCGAGCCCACACCCAUCCCAGAACAGAACAACUUCGGAAACCAUCAAAGCAAUGAUGACCGAAGAGGCAGUGACCCCUCAGCGGCAGCAACAAAACCCAUACCCAUCGCAGAAAUGUUUGUCUUCAGCUACGGUGUGGUAGUGUUCUGGAAUUUCUCCGAGAAGCAAGAGAAAGACGUCCUAGCCGACCUGACAUUCUCAUCAAUCCUUGACCCAAAGACAAACAUAGCCGCGCCACUCGCACUGGCUACUUCCCCUUUGAAUGAACAAGAUUUCGAGACGGAGGAAUUCCAUUUCGAAUACAAUAACGAGAUCUCUCGACCUCGCGUCUACAACGACAUGAUCACCCUAAGGAGCGGGGACCACAUGAUCAAACUCGCCAUCAGCCACGCCAUCGCGCAAAGCACCAAACUCAGCUUCUUCGAAGAAACCAUGGCGACGCAGAUGGAGGAAGCCAAGGACGUGCCCAAACGCCUCGCGCUCACAGGUGAACUAGGCAUGAAGCGUGAAGACAUAGUCAAGAUCCUGGGUGGCCUCUUCAAGAGCCGCGUAGAUGUGAAUCUAUCCUCCAAUGUCCUCGACGUCCCCAACCUGAUCUGGGAAUCCGAGCCAACGCUCCACCCCCUCUACAGCGCCGUGCGCGAAUACCUGGAAAUCAAACCGCGAAUCCAAGUCCUCAACGAGCGCUGCCGCGUCUUCCUCGACCUGGCCGAGAUCCUGUCCGAGUAUAUCUCCGACAACAAGAUGGAUCGCUUGACCUGGAUCAUCAUCGUCCUGAUCCUGCUGAGUAUCCUGGUGACGUGUAGCGAGGUGGUUUUGCGGUUUGGCAUCUUGACCGCGCGGAGCAGGAGGAAGGGCGGGCUGGGCGGCGAGGAUAUGGGCAUGGGGAUGGGGAUGGGUCCGCAGGAGUUGUGUGCGCAGCUCUGUAAGGGGUUGGGUGUUAUGAGCUGA